AUGGUGGCCCUUGACCUUCAGCCGUACAGUAAUGUGGAGGACCGUGGAUUCAGAGAACUGAUGUCGGAGGCCGUCCCAAGUUACCGCUUGCCGUGCAGAUCUACGCUGUCGAGAGACAUGGUGCCGAGGCUCUAUGAUGACACCCGAAGCAAAGUAAAGUCGGAGCUGAAGAAAGCCUUAGAGGGUGGCCACGUGAGCGUUGCGUUCACUAGCGACAUGUGGACGUCGCGCGCUAAUGAGAGUUACGUGGGUUUCACUUGCCAUUUGCUGACGCGAAACUUUCAAAUGAAACGCUUCACGCUAAAUACGCGUCCCAUGUCCGGGGCUCAUAGUGCUGGCAACAUCGCAGCUGCAUUGCAAGAAAUGUGUUCAGAGUGGGAGAUCCCAGGCGGAUGCGUGAAGUUCAUUGUUACGGACAACGGGCGGAACAUCCGUGCUGCGGUGAGGCAGCUUCCUUGGAGCGAAAGGGCGUGCUUUGCACACACCUUGGAACUUGCUAUCAAUGAUGCACGAGCAUGCACCCCGGCUGUCGACCAACUUUGCAAGCGGGCACGACACAUCGUAGGACAUUACAAGCAUAGUUCAUCAGCACAAAAACGGCUCGACGAGUAUCAACGGCGCAAAGGUCAAUCGGUGUUGAGGCUAGUCCAAGAUAUCGUGACAAGGUGGAACAGUCAGUACCUAAUGCUGUCUCGGCUGCUUGAACUGAAGGAGGCAGUUACUGUUGAACUUGCAGCGUCUGACAGUGCCAUCGAUGGACUCACGGCAACUGAGUGGAAACAUGCCUCUGAGCUUGUGGAGGCUCUGAGACCAUUGUUUGAUGCCACAGUCACAGCAAGCACAGAACAGUACCCUUCGCUAUCGUCUCAGAUUCCAAUGAUUUUCGGCAUCCUGCACUAUCUCGACAAUAUCAGUGAUACAUCAGGGUUUUCUAAAAAUUUGGCAAAGUCUAUCAGGGUAAGGUUCCCAGUCUAUGACGAAGAUAAAGAGGCAUGCCUCGCAAUGUUCCUAGACCCACGGUUUAAGUCAACCAUUUUCAAGAAGGACGCACACAAGCUGAAAUGGUUGAAAGGACUUAUAUUGGACGAACUAAACGCCCAUGCUACAUGGUCUGAACUAGAAGGUGAGCUCACCGACUUCGAGCAAAGUGCAAACAAUGUUGCAGCCACCUCAUCGCAGGUGUGGAAUGCAUUUGACAACUUGGCAAACUCAGACGAAGUGUUUCAGCCAGAAAGAGAAAUUGAAGGAUAUGCAAAUGAUGUGCUGUUGAAAAGGGACUUGAGUCCCUGUCAGUGGUGGCAGACGACAGGUCGAUUCAGCUACCCACACCUUGCACAACUUUGCUACCGUUACUUGGCGAUCCCAGCUACCUCCGUGCGAAGUGAGAGGGCAUUCUCUGCUGCCGGGGCUGUGGUGUGUGCACGAAGGGAACGUCUGUUGUCUGAGCACGUGGAACAGCUCGUCUUUCUUCAUAAUAACUUGUGA